AUGUUGGAGUCUCCUUUGGCUAUGGGCUUAAAACCGAUCGUCCACGUCAGUGAGGAUGUCAGAGCUUGGCUGCAGGGUGUGGAAAGGAAAGAUGGAAAUGCUACAAUUCCCUUGAAUGAUGCUGCAAGCGCGAGGUGUGGUAACAUGUCUUUUGGUACGUUAUGUAAGCGAAUUACAGAUGAGGUGGGAUAUUGGGAGGGGAUUGACGUCCAGUACGUUGAAGAGGCUGAGAGGGCAGAAAAAGCGUUGGGUGGAAUUGACAAAAACCUGGAAAACAAAAAUCGUUUACAAUACGUUGAUUAA